AUGACGCGACGCCUCGCGCCUGGUGUGGAGGCUGAGAGGUAUGUCCACACCACCCAGCUCCCAGUUCAGAGUGACCGGCUCGGCAUGGCGCGGACUCUACUUCUGCUGGCCACUUUUCAGCUUCUGCCCCGGCUGGUGCUCCUUGCAGGUGUCCCUGUGGCCCCAUCCCUGUCUCUGCAGCCCCAGAAGCCUGAGUACCUCCCCGGAGACACUGUGGAGAUGACAUGCACCGCUCCCCCUUCGGUGGCUGGAAUCCAAGGCUUCCAAUUCAACAACGAUAUUGGGAAGUCUAUCUCAGUCACCACGUCUUCCACGAGAAUCGAGAUCUACAACAUGAGCCUCAUGGGAUCUCAGGAUGGGGGGUUGUACUAUUGCAGAUACUGGGUGAUUGAAGCUGAUUCUGUGAUCAAGUCCAACUGGAGCAAUAAGAUCCCCAUCAGAGCGAGAGAUUACCCUCCCUGGCCGGUGCUGACUGUGGAUCCUCCAUUUGGAGUGGUGAGAGACGGGCUCCCGCUGAUUAUCACCUGCACGGCCCCGGACAAUCUUGGAGAACGGCGGUUUCACUUCUAUAAGGACGGAGGCAAUUUCUCCCUUGAGGACAUGGGGCUGGAGGGCAACGCAGCAGAGAUGAGGGCCAGAUCUCGGAAUUUCCGCAUCCCACAGGCUGGUCCCGACAGCACCGGGGAAUUCGCCUGCGCGUACGAAGAGAACAUGAACGGGAGGUGGCUUCUGUCCUUCAAGAGCUUGGCUGUCAAUGUGACCAUGACAGAGCGCAGCAAUUUCUGGGUCGGGCAGCUGGCUUUGUGUGGACUCUUCUUCGCCACGAACGGCCUCCUCUUCCUCCUCUUCCACCUCUACAUGAUGAGGGAAGGUAAUUGCCUCAUUCUGGAGUAG